AUGUCCGUCGAUGCAUACAUCCCCUGUGCUCUCCCCACUUCCUUCGAGCUCGGGUCAGGUCCCUUAGUCAAAAGGUUAUCGGCGAUCACAACCACGCCAAAUGAGGAGUUUGUGACGGGUGGGUUGGUGACUCUGAUGGCCGUUGGUUUGUCACCGGAGAUGACGUCAUGA